AUGGAUCGGGUCUCAACGCAACGCCGCCGGCCGGGCCGUAAUGUCGGCUUCGCCCCCGUUGCACAGACCGAGUCCGAUCUCGAGGCGUCCGAUGAUGUUUCACAGUACUGGGAAUUGCCGGUCAACGAGCCACUCGAUCGUGAUCUUCACAGUCGAGUUCGCAACAUCUUCCGCAAUGCGGUUCCUCCUGGCCAAUUUGACGAAGAUGAAUGGUUACAGCACGUUGCUGCAAAUACUGCCGAGACAGUAUACGCACCAGUCGACAAUCUCGUUGCCCUUGACGGAUUGGAAGAAGCAACAAUCGCAGAGUUGGCCGGGCCUGGUACUAUUGAGUAUUAUGCUCCGUACGCUCGUGGACAUGACCGCGCACCCUCUUCACUCAGCAAUGAAAGUGAUGCAAGGACAGAAAAGACCUAUGUUGAAAAGGAACAAUGGGAUUCAAAGGACAAGUUCCUCCGCUUCGAGCCCAUGGUCACCACUAUCGAAGUGGACGACGAGGUUCCAUCGCAUCCACCCAAGAAGCUACCCAACUAUAAACCUGCCGCACUCAGGCGAAUGUUCCUCGUCAUACUCUUCUCUGCGGCAGUGGCAUUGCUAGCAGUCAUGGUAACGGCAUUGUUAGUUUUACCAAAGAGCUCAAACUCUGUUGCAUCCGAUAUAAUUUCAAGGAAUACAUCAGAGAUCAAGCUACGUUCAUCUGGUAUUACGCAACGCAGUCUGCAACAUGCAUACGGUUUGGUGGGCCCCCGAGGGCACGGCGAUUCUGGUUCGUCGAGUGCAGAAGAAUCUGCGAGCGAAGACGAGCAGACCUCAAAGGCCACCUCGAGUACUACACUCAAAGAUGUCGAUGAUGCUACGACAGUAUUGAAAACUACAACCACCACGAGCAAAGUCUCUGAUGGGACUACAUCCGUGCCCGAGUCAGACCCAUCAGAGACGAAAUCUGAACUCGGCCAGACUCCUGACACGUCUACGACGUCAAGUACUCUGCAUACAUCAUCGUCAUCCUCGACUACACGUAAUCAGGAUGAUACCACGACGAAGACCACGACGGCAGCAGAGGCAGCGUCAACACCGACGGAUACCCAACCCACCAAGCCUUCAAAGGGUGGGGAUGAUGCAUCUCCAACGACGAUGAGAGCGACCACAGUAGCUACUAGCAUAGCCACGACGGCUGUUACGACUUCUUCGGAGAAAACGGACCCAACACAAAAUGAAUCCACUAUGACCACGACCAAGAAUGAUCCAGAGCCUAGUGAUGGGGGCCAUGGCUCCGAAGGGGACAAGACACGACCUAAUAGUGGCCAUGAACAGUCAACCGGCUCAGAGACCAGUCAGACGAGUACGACCUCAACUUCCUCAAAAAAUACAGACUCUUCAAACAGUCACCCAGAAACCACUUCCUCGACAAAGUUUGGCGAUGAUGGACCAAAACCUACCAAAGAAACUGACCAUACCAGUCAAGCUGAAACGGCGACGACUACUUCGACUUCGAUUUCCCAGAGCCCACCAGGUCAUGAAAGUGAGACAUUGCCAACCAGUUCUUCAACGACUUCUAAUGGCGAUUUCUCCUCGCCCUAUUUGACAACAAACUCGGUUCGGGCAACCUGCACAGUAGAGGUGGUACAGACUCAUACUAGUUGGGUCGUCUUGCCAGUUUCGACAGUCGACCUUGGGUUGGUGAAGAAGUUUGCAUUACCUCCAGUGACGAGAAUGGACAGAAGACAAGCUGACUCAUGCGACACGACCGUCACAAAUACUCGUGACACUACCAUUUGGAUCACCACUGCGCAUCAGACCGUCACCAUCGGGGUCCCUCCAGACCCUACCACAUCAGCUAUUGAGAAUACUGGAGGGUCCAUCUCAACAACCUCCACAACAAGUGCCGUCCUUACUGAUCCUCAGACUAACACACUUCCGAUUGAUCCAGGCACAACGGCUACUGGUUCCGCUCCUGACGUAACCUCACCCUCAACAACAACAAACGCUGCCGGUUCACCCACAGAUCUUCCGGGUGAUGGAAGCACUCCGACCACAACCUUGCCAUCGUCACAGCCGUCUCAGCAGCCUGGAGACGCAACUACUUCGGAGAAUGCAGGUGUGACUACGUCGGCUACCACUCCAAAUGGCCCGGAUCCCACAGACAUUCACAUUACUGUUCCUGAAGAUACAAAUACAGCCCCCAACCCUGGAACGACAGCCAGUUCUGCGCCACCAGUCUUUGAGAGCUCUUCAGUGGCCACUACCCCAGGUUCUACGACAACGACAAUUUCUGUGGAUGUACCGCCGCCACCCUCUUCUAUCGUGAUCACAGAAAUUUACACUACCACGAAUGCUGACAGUUCUGUCACCACGUCAACUUCUUUGUCAACCAUCCUGAUCAACCCAGGUACAACGGUAAACAAUGGAGGACAGCCGCCUCCAGAGACACUUCCAAACCAAGUGUCGACCACCGUUCAACAUACAGUGACUGUGCCCACAGUGAAUACCCAGAAUACUGGACCAGGUCAUGCGGAACCUACUACCAAUGCUCAAGGCGGUAACAACGACAAUGGACCUCCGCCAGAGACAUCUAAAACCACCCCGGUCACGACUUUCGUUCGAGUUGUUCAAAGCACUACUGUCGUGUUAUCUAUUGAGACUACAAUUACCCCAACAAGCACAGUAACAGAUGACAGCGGCCUUGUGGCUGUGGGAGCUUUCAUCACGACUGUACCCUUCACCACGGCACUGGCUUUCACGCAAGUGAAAGCCAUAACGAAGGACGAUGGAGACACUGCGAGCGGCGCCACCCAGAAGAUUGUAACCAAUACAUACAUGGACAAGGACGGAAAUCCAACAGCCACAAUGCUUGAGACCUUGUACGCCCAUGCUUUUACAAGCAUAGAAAAAGAUAGUGAUGGGUGGCCAACGAAAACGGUAAUUCAGGAAAUCCAAGAAACACCAUUGACCACUACAAUGACGGAUCGAUAUGGGAAAAUCAAGAUAAAGACUUAUUUCGAAGACACCUCGACCAAAGCCAUGACGGAUAGCCAUGGAAAAACCACUGGCUUUCAAAUUUUUUACAUCACUGAUCUGCCGACAGUGGUAACAACGACGGACGCUGCUGGCCACACGUUGACAAUCACACAAAUGAUGCCCGCUGGCACCUCUACGUCGUUUAGCACUGUUCUGGUCGAUCCCACGAGUACUCCCAUAGCAAACGGGUCCGCUACAAACCCAACGAUUGCAGCUCUGCCUGUUUCAUCUGGGUACUACUUCUUGGGGAUAUUACUCCCGACUUUGCUGGCCAUUGGAAUAUCCAUUCCGAUUCGGGUUCUCGAUUCAACAGUCAAGCUGCACCAACCUUUCAGUGCCAUGACCUUGUCGUAUGGUGCACGUCCAGCGGACUCUCUCGGCCUCAAGACAACGGGGCUUUGGGGUCUCACCUCAGGAUUCGUUUCGCCUAGAAUGGGUAACUGGCUUCUGGCCGUGACGGGGCUUCUUGUUGUUGCAAACUCGAUACUGAUUGCCCUCAGCACCGAGGCUCUGGACCUUGAGGUACAAGACGUCAAUUGCACAAUGUCAAGCGACGGACUUUUCAAGACAUGUCCAACAUCUGUGGUCAUAUCCAUGGCACCAGCCAAGUCUACUACAGGGCUGAUUUGUUUAAUGGCCAUACUCAUUGCUGUCGCUGCCAAGGCUUUGUGGCGCCGACGAAGCGGUGUGAUUAAUGAUAUACCAUGGAGCAUCUUUGAGAUGAGACGUCUGGCACAGCACGAGAGCACUCUGACUAGUCUCAAUAAGCUUGACUGGAAAUUCGGCAAUGUUACUCGAGACGAAGUAAUCAGGGCCUUUGGCAAGAGAAGGUUCAAACUUGAUUAUUGGAAAAACGGGAAUGCAGGCUGGGAGUAUGUUGUACAAGUUGCCAACGACGACGGUGACUAUGCAAAGGAUAAAAGAUCUGGCAUCCACCGGAUGUGUAGCAUGCCAUUCUUCACCUUGACUCUUUUGGGUCGAGUCUUGUUCUUUUUGUUCCUGCUGGCAUUGGCAUUGAUGGUAUUGUUAUACCACAAUACCCACGGCGCGUUCCAAGACUUUAUGGACAGCGAGAACUUUGGCGGACGCUUCAUCCUGACUGGUGCUGGCGUGAUUAUAUCAAUGAUAUGGUGGACCUUUUUUACUUGCGUCGCAUUUCUCAGCCCUUACCGACUCAUAGUUCGGAAAAAGUCCGUCCAAGAUGCAUUAUACCUCAGCCCACCCUCGAAUCCUUUCUCCGGGUUUUGGAGAGUAAUCAGUAGACAACAUCCAGACAAGUUUCUAGGCGUCGUUGCUUUUACUGCCAUACUUUCCGAGUUCUUGCCCUUGUUCCUCGCCAACGUUCCAGCCCGGCUGGAAGAGCCGGAUUCAAUGAGCGCCGCCUGUGUAUGGCUAUCGAUUAGCGUCAUUUGCAUCAUGGCCGUGGUGCUCAUAUCGUCGUUUCUCAUCACUUGGCCGCCCGAGAUGCCCAUGGACCCGAGUACGGUGGCCGGAGCCAUGUUUUAUGCCCUGGAGAGCAUGGCAAGUAUGAAGCGCAAGUCUUCGAGCACUUUGGGAGGUGUGUCUAUGAAUACUGUAUAA